AUGAACCUGGAUGUGGCCAGCAAGCCCACGCUCGCCAGCUACAACAUCCGCCCGGACGCCUUUGAUCCAAAGCGCCCGGGGCCGCCCAACGCGCUGCAGACCGCCAAGGACCGGGAUGAUGCCCUGCUGGCGGUACUGGACCGACACUGCGAGGUAGUGGAUGGGAAGAUGAAGGUCAGGGACUUCAAAGGCGCCGUCACCUUGCUGAGGCGGUCCCAGACUUUGGUGCGGACGCACGACACCGGCAGCGACAUGGUGCGAGUGCUGGCCUCUGCAGGUCUACGUCUUCAGCUCUGCGUGGCCCUGUCCCAGAUGGGCCGGCACGGGCCUGCCUUACAGGAGGCCGAGGGGGCGAAGGAGCAGCUCGAGGAGCUCUGGGUGGCUCUGACCGGCACAGCUAUGGAUAUGGCCAUGGCGGAAGCAGGAGGCGACCCCAACAAGAUCCACCCGGUGCUGCGGGCUCACAUCGUGCGCCCGCCCCGCUGGCUGGAGCGCGCCCUCUGCUGCUCCGUGCAGGCGCGGCUCUGCGUGGCCAUGGAGAUGGAGUUCCUGCUGUCCAACGACGAGCUGCAGAAUCAGAGGUCAACGCUGCCACCCAUCGCCUCGCCGUCGGCUCCGGCCUCGCCCUCGGCUCCGGCCUCGCCAGCCUCGGCGUCGCCGAAGUCGCCGAAGCCGCCGGCGUCGCCAAAGUCCCCGGCUUCGCCGGACAAAGGGCGGUUGACGCUGGAGGAAGCCAUUGAGGCUGAGGAGGCUGAGGAGGCUGACGCGCCCGAGGUGGGCCUACCCUUGGCCAAGUUCUCCGAGUUGCAGCAGAUGCACCAACUCUACCAGGAGGCCCGGUUCCUCGCGGAGCGCUUGCUGCCCAAGGGCCACCAGCUACAGCUGGACGCGGACAAGGCGGCCGAGCGGGCGCUGUCACGCUGGGAGAACCCCCCAGACCUCAAGGAGCUGCGGGGCAAGCAGCUGCGAGCGCUCAGGGCCAUCAAGGCCUUGGACUCCCUGGAGGAUCCCAACGCCAAAGCCGCGAAGGCCAAGGCAAAAGCGGAGGCCAAGGCGGAGGCCAAGGCGGAGGCCGCCAAGGCGGAGGCCGCGGCCUUGCCCGAAGACGAAAGGCCCGAGAAUUCCGCGGCCCAGGAGCAUCCGGAGGAAGCGACCCAGGCGGACGGUGAAGCCGACAACGGUGACACAGCGGAAGCCAACAACUGGGACGACUUUUUGCCCAGGCUGCCCUCCAUGCUGUUGGGCAAGGGCCGGCGGAAGCUUCUCAGCGCCAAGACGUUGCCCUCUUUGUCCCUCAGCGCCGGCGACUUGGGUGAUGAAACGGUUCCCGACGUCUCGGAACGACGCGCCACGGAUUCCAACACCCACGGAGAUUGGGUCAGACGUGCCCCGCCCGGGGACGUCUUCUACCGCUCUCUGCCCUGGAGCUUCGGCGUCGAGAAGCCGAAGCGCCGGCGCAGCGUCAAGGGCCGGCGCAAGGCGACGACCUCUGAGACCACGGCCGGGGAGAGCGAUCCCUUCAAGGACUGGGCCAAGGAGUUCAUGCACUUGGAGAACAUGACCCUCUUCCAGCGGAAGCUUCGGACGCUUGAGGGUAUCAACAGCUUGCACACCGACAUGAAGAUCGAGACCAAGCGCUUCAGGCAGUUCAUGCAGGACCUUGUGGCCUACGGUGGAGAAGACCAGGAGCGCCUCAUGAACAACCGCAUCCUCUAUACGGAGGCGGGGAUGAAGGCUCUGCGCCAGGGCCAGCAGCGGAACGAGGCGCUGCGACGCUAA